UGGCACAACACGUCCUUGUAAACCAUAAAACUUUUUGUUCCGUUAGGGAGGAACAUGUUAGGUGUGCUAUAGGUCUCGUCCCCAUGUGAACUCGAGUCCACACUUGGAAUUUCAGCAAACUUUUUCAAAAUUAAAAAAGAAACUGAAGUGAUGAGGUUUCUUUGAAUUAGACACGCGUCUAAAAAUCCCUUUAUCACUUGGGAGAGGUGGCAAAAAAUUUUGACAUCUUUGGUUCCUAAUAGUUUGUCUUUGUUUGUUUGUUUUUUGUGUAUGUUUUUUUGCUCUCUGCGUGUGGUGGCCUUUUGGUGUGUUGUUGUAAGGUGCAUAUUUCUAGCAUGUUGCUAGUGUUUUGGAAUGAAAGUUUUAUUGACCGUUAAAAAAAUAUCAACACGUGUUUAAAAUAGUAACAACCUCAUACUUUGAGUACUUGUUUACAAUUGCCAAAACUUAUCCGGUUCAACAACAAAACCAAAACUUAUCCGGUUCACCCCCAAAUAUUCUCUCCACAACAAACAAAUGGCUCUACGAACCUUGGCGACCCGUAAAACCCUAGGUGCAUUCUCAACAUUUCCACAACAAUUGCGUGGAUUGCAGACAUUCACGCUUCCAGAUCUUGCAUACGAUUAUGGCGCACUGGAGCCGGCGAUUAGCGGCGAUAUCAUGCAGCUCCACCACCAGAAACACCACCAGACCUACAUAACUAACUACAAUAAGGCUCUGGAGCAGCUCGAUGACGCUAUUGCUAAAGGAGACGCUUCUACUGCUGUCAAAUUGCAGAGUGCUAUUAAGUUUAAUGGCGGAGGUCAUGUGAAUCACUCCAUUUUCUGGAAGAAUCUGGCUCCCACCAAGGAAGGGGGUGGUGAGCCACCACAUGGCUCUUUGGGCUGGGCUAUUGACCAGAGCUAUGGUUCUGUAGAAAAGUUGAUUGCUAAGAUGAAUGCUGAAGGUGCUGCUGUUCAGGGUUCUGGAUGGGUGUGGCUUGCAGUGGACAAAGAGCUAAAGAGGCUUGUGGUUGAAACCACAGCAAACCAGGAUCCACUGGUUACAAAAGGUCCAAGUUUGGUUCCCCUGAUUGGCAUAGAUGUUUGGGAGCAUGCAUACUAUUUGCAGUACAAAAAUGUGAGGCCAGAUUACUUGAAGAACAUAUGGAAGGUGAUUAACUGGAAAUAUGCGAGUGAAAUAUAUGAGAAAGAGUGCCCUUAAAAGGAGUUGUGGGUUCUGCAAUAAGUCAAGAGAGUUACAAAGCCCCACCCUGUAAGAAAAUGCUUCUGAGACCAGUCUUCCUGUUAGAAUAAAUAGUGGUUCAACGAUUUGCUUACAUUUAUGGUUGUUGCUUUUGCUUGUGUUAUAAAUCUCAAGUUUCUUUUGUAUGCAAACAACUUCUGCAACUACAUUUGGCCCAAAUUAUAUAUCCAUGUGAUACUACUGGCUCA